AUGGAGCCUGUACCGCCCACGAUGCGCGCCCUCGUGGCGCCCUUUGAAUGCACGCCGAAGGACUACGCCAUCCACGAGGUCCCGACGCCCAGAAUCACCCGCCCGACGCAGGUCCUGCUGCGCGUGCACGCCUUCACCUUUACGCCCGGCGAGUUCCGGGUUGCCGCCGGCUGGAUGAAGCUCAUAUACAAACCCACGUACCCGCUCCAGCUCGGCAUGGAGGGCGCUGGUGAGGUCGUCGCCGUCGGCUCCGACGUCACCGCUUUCAAGAUCGGCGACGCGGCCUACGGCAACGCCUUUGAGCGGCCCGCCUUCCGCGGGCCCCCGCCAGGCCUCGCCUCCGAGUACGCCGUCGUCGACGAGCGGCUGCUGCUGCCCAAGCCGCCGCACCUAUCCUUUGCCGACGUUGCGCCGCUGACCGGCGUGACCGUCACCGCGGUGCAGGCGUUCCGGCGCGGCAUGGCGCUCGCCGGCCUGGAAUCGGUCCAGGGCAGGACCGUCUUUGUCGGCGGCGGGCUCAGCGCCACGGGCUCUGUCGGCGCGCAGUACGCCAAGAACGCGCUCGGCGCGGGCCGCCUCGUCUCGACGCUGUCGACGGCCAAGAUGGCGCUCGUCGACGAGCUGCUGCCCGGCGUCGUCGACGAAAAGGUCGACUACGUGCGGACGAGGGUGAGCGGCGCGGUGGCGCCCCGCAGCGUCGACCUGGCGUACCACACGCAGUCGACGGCGCCGCUCCGCGAGACCAUUGCCGUGACGCGCGGCGGCGGCGCGGUGGUCGACAUCGCCGGCAUCCCGGAUAGGCAGCUGGUGCGCGACGUGCUGGGGACGGACCGCCUCCCCUGGUGGCUGCUGCUCGCGCUCGAGGUCCUGCAGCUGCGGAGGUGGUGGCUGCUGCUCGGCACGGGCGUCGGGUACGCGAUGAUCUCGGGGGCGCCGGACGUGCGCGAGGACCUGGAGCGCGCGGGCGAGGUGGUCGCCAGCGGCCAGGUCAAGGCCGUCCCGACGACGGUGGACUUUGACGACCUGGGCGCCGUGAGGACGGUGUGCGGAACGGCGUACAAGGGAAAGGGCGGCGUGGGCCAGAUUGUCGUGCGGAUCCGAUGA